CGCGCCAUUUUGCUGGGCCCGGGCGGGGUGCUGGGCAGUGCGGAUCGGCUGGGAAGGCGCCACCGGGAAUCGGCGCGGCCGGCCCGCCCGCCCGGGACUUACCAUUGACGGUUCGGUAUCCUGAGGUGGGCAGGGCGCCGAGGGUGACGGGGGGCUCUGUCAGCGCGAAAGGCUUUCCCAGAACCGCCCUCAGAUCUCAGCCGGCAAAUUCCUCGCCUGGCUCUGUACUGGCUCCGUGCCUCAUUCUGAAAAGAAGUCUAAGUCCUUUAGGCUUUUUAUUCUGGAAAAAGCAGGAACCCAGGACGCCUCGGGAGGACAAUGGAUUCUGGAGCUCGCCCAGUUGGUGGCAGUGGUAGCGGCCCUGCUUCGCUAUCUCGGGAAUACAAACUCGUGAUGCUGGGUGCCGGUGGUGUGGGCAAGAGUGCAAUGACCAUGCAGUUCAUCAGCCACCGAUUCCCAGAAGAUCAUGAUCCCACCAUUGAAGAUGCUUAUAAGAUCCGGAUCCGUAUUGAUGAUGAGCCUGCCAAUCUGGACAUUUUGGAUACAGCUGGACAGGCGGAGUUUACAGCCAUGCGGGAUCAGUACAUGAGGGCAGGAGAAGGGUUUAUCAUCUGCUACUCCAUCACGGAUCGCCGAAGUUUCCAUGAAGUUCGGGAGUUUAAACAGCUUAUUUAUCGAGUUCGACGUACUGAUGAUACACCUGUGGUUCUUGUGGGAAACAAGUCUGACCUAAAACAGCUAAGACAGGUCUCCAAGGAAGAAGGAUUGUCUCUGGCUCGAGAAUUCAGUUGCCCCUUUUUUGAGACCUCUGCUGCCUACCGUUACUACAUUGAUGAUGUUUUCCAUGCUCUUGUACGGGAGAUACGUAAGAAAGAAAAGGAGUUAGUAUUGGCCAUGGAGAAAAAGUCUAAACCCAAAAGCAGUGUGUGGAAGAGGCUAAAAUCACCAUUCCGGAAGAAGAAAGAUUCAGUAACUUGAAGGGAAGAUGUGAAGUGUCUACCUGUGAACUGCAGCCUUAAUCAAAGCAGUCCAGUAACGUGCAAUAGUGAGCAAGCUGUUUGCUCUUUCUCCUGUAGGAUGGUUAUUUUAAAGGUAACUGUUGAGGGGAUGUGUCUACUAGGAGUUUUCAGUGAUACGAUGUUUAAAGCCCUCUCUCUUAGUUGAUUCUGAUUUAUUAACCUAUCAGAGCACUGUCUGCUCUUUAAUUGUCACAUUAGAAUUUGAUCUACCAUUGUUUUGGUUAUGUUGCUGAUAUAAACUAAUUGAUGUAAGUUGUUUAUACCCAGGAGAGUAUUAUGCCAUGUGUGUUUGACUUAAGUUUACAGAAGGAGUUUUGUGCUGUACUCCCCACCAUCCUUCAACUUCAGCUCCUGGUACUGUCUCUCAGAAGGACUUCAGUCUUGCUUAUUCACACUGUACAUCCUGGAGACAGAACAGAAAUUGAGUAGAGAAACCAGUGCUAAAGAGAUUUGUACUAAAGUUUAGCAGGUAUCUGUGGAGCUGAUUCCUGUUGUAGAUUAUAGAGUGAUGAGAUUUAGAGAACUACCGCCAUAUACUUGCCCAAGAAGACCUUGCUCCUAACAUGUGCUUGAGAACUGCACAUUGACUCCAAGCACUGGGAUGGGAAGAAGAGACGGAAAGUGGUAAGAUGGCAUGAAGAACUCUCUUCGAAUGUAACUUUCCUCUUCUUUUCAGGGCCUUUCUUUGCCUUUGAAGGUUAGCACUUUGGGGAGCCAUUGCUAGAUCUGGCACCAGUCCUAGAUAACUAAAUUCUUAUUUAAACCCUUGGUUUAACUCCUUUGCUGGACUAGACUUGGUGGCUCAUCACUGUAAUCCUAGUAUUUCCAAGGCAGACAGGAGGAGGCCAGCCUGUCCCCCCAAAACAAAACCCUUUGUCAGGCAGCCAUACCACACACCUUGUCCCGGUUUUUCCCCACUGGUGUAUAUACUGUUUUCUAGUGCUUUCUCUUAUUCUCAUGCCCUUGGAAGAGCUAGGCAUGGCAGGAUGGUUUUUAAACCUUCAUUUUAUCCACGGUAUUGUCUAAACAGAAGAGACGUCAGCAUUCUGAUAAGUUGUGUUCUUCUUACCGUCAGUAGUCAGUAGACUCAGGGCUUAAGAGUCUGUGGUAGUUCUGUUUGAUGGCUCAGACUCAAAGCUUUAAUAUUCACAUAUGUAAAGUAUGUUUGUAAUCCGAAGAUUUCCUCCAAGUUGUCAAAGUUUAGUCUAAGAGAAUGCCGUCAGUGCGUGCUUCCUGUCAGUGCUUGGGAGACUAGUCUCAGGAAGAAACAGCUUUAAAUAUUAGUGGUGAAUUCUCUGUUUAAGGAUCAGGUUUAUUUUGCUGUCUGAACUUGCUAUGUGGGGAGUAAUUUAGAAGAGCCAAGCCAUGCUUCAUGUAUGGAAUAAGUCACUGAAGCUAUGUUUGCAUGUACUCUCAACUUUGAGAAGAUAAAUUUGUGUAGCACUUCCUAAACAGCCACUGUUCAAUGUUCUAUUUCCUAUUGUUUAAUUGGAAGCAGGAGGGCAGGCUGUUGUGUUUCCUUUGUCAAGUAAUGGUCGAAAGUUUAGAUUUAACAAAAAGUGACUGCUGGAACUUUUAAAAUUCUGAGUAGUAUUCUUUUGAAACUCCUGGUAACUUUUGCUAACAAUGUUUAUAGUACUCAAGCCAUCUAAAAAUUAAAGACCCAGCUGGGCGUGGUGGUGCACACCUUUAAUCCCAGCACUUGGGAAGCAGAGGCAGGUGGAUCUCUGAGUUCGAGGCCAGCCCUGGUCUCCUUAGCGAAUCCAGGCCAGCUGGGGCUACAGGGAGACCCUGUCUCAAAAAGACCCCCCCCACCAAAAAAAAUUAAAGACCCUAAACUUGAGUCUGUGCAAGACAAAAAUCUUAUAGAAGCCAUAGCACUUUGGAGAAGCAGGAGAGUAGAAAAGAAGUAUAGUAUAAUUCUGUCACAACAAUCUUUCACCCACUUAACCAGUGCAAAGACUUUCAAAUUUAAUGCCUACGCUGUUACUACUAAUGACAUGGGAUUAUCAUUAGUAUCAAGGAAGGAACUGACCGAUCUACAGUGUCAAGGCUGUCAAGACAAUAGAAAACAUUGCCGGGAAGAAGUAUAAGACAGAAGGGAAUUUGUA